AAUACGCCUGCACCGUCAACCAAAAGGACUACUACGAACAUGGAGCACUUUUCAGAAUAAGCUAUGAAACCAGGUGUGUAACGUACAGAUGUGAGUACGGCUCCUACCUGAUCUAUCAGGAAGGGUGCCUAGAUAUUUCCAGCCAAAGAUGUGUCCACGUAGGUCACUCAUGGUCGGUGAGAUGCCACAACUUUCUGUGCACAAAGACUCAAGAAAAUAACAUAAUUCGUUACGAAGGUCUUCGUAAUCAAAUAG